UCGUCGAUUGUCACUCGCCUCGCGACUACGGAGAAGACAGGCGCCUUCUCGCCGGGCUUUUUGCUCUCGCGGCUCACCUCUCGUCUUUCAUCCUUCCGCGCGUUGCACGAGCCACGUCCACCGCGUUGCGAAUCGGCAUCCGCAGUCUUUAAUCCUACGCCUUUCGCGUGUCGUGUUCCGCACCGUUGGUGCGUACGUGACGCGAGUGUGCAUGUGCACGCGUUACCCACGUAUCGCAGUGCCGAGAUCAUCUGAACCUGAACCUGAACACGAGGGAAAAGAGCGGCGAGCGUUGCGCAAAUCUAGGAAAGUGACUCCGUAAACGAUGGUAGCCUCGACAGUGACGGAAACGACGACGACGACGACGCCGGUGAAACAAUCAUGCGGCACGAUGGGUAUCACGCCAGGAAACUAUCGCCUCGUCGGCUGGGACAUGGACACCACCGGCAAGAAAGUCAUCGACGAGAUCUGUCAAAUAGCCGCGUUUACUAAUAAUCCCGUGUCCACUUACUCACAAUAUGUGAUGCCGUACAAGGAUCUCAAUCCGACCGCCAUAAAACGUCACAGUAUGAAGGUCGUGACCAACGGCAAAUUCCGCGUGCUAAGGAACAGCAAAACCAAUGAGGUAAUUAAAUCCAAAAGCGAAGUGUCGGCACUCACAGACUUCCUGGGCUGGUUGGAAACCGUGAAAGAAAAUGCCGCGGAUGGUGUAAUUCUGGUUUAUCACGAGCCACGCAAGGUCAUUCCCGCGAUGCUUCUCGAAUCGUUGAAGAAGUACGAUCUAGUUGAUCGAUUCAAGCAAACGGUCAAAGGAUUCGCGAACGGUUUUAACAUCGCUGAGGCAAAGUGCUCGAAUUCAGUCCACAUCUUUUCCCUUCGCACUCUAUCGCGUACAUUAUUAAAGCAGGAAGUGAAUCUGGGCAAUGCGCAACAUAGAGCAUCGCUGGCGUUAAAAAUAGCACAAUUCUUGUCCACGGCCGAUAGCGGGAUCGAAGAUGGGGACAAGUCUGGAGAUGGCGAUGAAAAACGUUUGAAAAGAUCAAUCGAGGUUAUUCAAGAAUUCGCACAGCCUGUUGACGUCGAGGAACAGGAGCACAACGAACUAAAGAUGAUAUUUGAGCGGCAGAACAACUUGCGGCCCAUAUUCAGCGCCCUGUUCCGUAUGAACCGUCGCGAACGUCAACACGCCAGUCCCCUGAGGCGAUUACUGGCUGAAGCUGGAAUCGUAUACUCGGAGCUACAGGACGCAUGGAACAACGCGAAGAAGGAAGGACUGGAGCAGUUGAUAAAGGAAAAACUGCCAACAAUUGAGGAGAAAAAAAUGGAGGAUCUGAUGGUCAUCCUCGAGCGUCACUUCGAUCCAGAGAAGAAGCCAAAGGGCAAGAUGGCGGAGAAGAAGAGUCUCAAGACGAAGAAUGAUAAAAAGAUAAGUGACGAUAAGGAGAAUAACAACAAGAGCGACUCGGGCCACGACAGCCCCGACAGCCCGGACACCACGACAUCCGGGUCUCCGGUUAAAAUGAACGGCGCCGACGUUGAAAUUAAGCCAGAGGCAUCCUCUUUGACGCAGGAGGUUGCCGAAAGCGUUUAAUAACGAUCCUGACUCUUCUCGACCUCUCUUUUACGUGCCGCAAAGCGGGUACUUCGCGGCCGUGCUCCGCGUCUCUGUUGCGCUCGUCGCCGGACGCCUCCUCGGUCGUACUCCCGGGCGAACGUGGAUUCUUUUUGUUGCCAUUUUUUUGCCACCAAUAAUCGCGGAGAGAUGACGAAAAAUAAAUAAAAUUUAUAAGUAACACGAACAUAUCAUAGAUAUAGCGCGUCGAAUGCAGUUCGCGUUUACCUAGAAUCGACCAAUGGUAAAAGUGUGUUGUGUACUUGGAAUUACCGCUAAAUCUAUGUUCCUUAGCCGGGAAAGAGCCGCGAAGGGAUCCCCAUUUCUUUUUCUUUUUUUUUUGUUGCGGUAAUUCUACGGUAAACGUAUUAGAGUAAGAUUCGUCUAACGGGCGAUAUUAUGCGUGAUGUGACAAGUGUUAUUUGUUACAGUAUUUGUAUUUUUCUUUUGGUUUUAUUUUUUUUUAAUUUUUGUUUGCAUUGGAACGUCGGCAUGAUUAAGAAAAAAAAGAGGACAGGUUUCCCGCAAAUGACACGCCGUCGACUACCUUACUGAAAAAGGAAUUAACAUAUUCAAAAAAUUCAUCAAAAUCUGAAUUGUUUAAAUCUUUGUCUUUUUCCUCCUCUUUUCUUUUUUCUCUCUAUUUCAAAAUUCUUAUAUUUUGUACUAAUAGUAAGAUCGUAAUAGAAAAUACGUGAACAAUUACAAAAUUGACAACAAUUAUACGUAAUAUCUUUUUCGGACAUAUAGUUCUACAUAUUAUAGUCGGACAUAAUAUUAUACUUGCACAAAAAUUUUUUAUAAUGUGUUUCAAAACUAAUAAUAUUUUUAAUAGUUACUUAACAAUAUAUGGUUCCAGCUUUUUCAACUUUUAUAGCUUUUUGCAACUAAUCUUCUCUAUUAAUUUCCAUUUACGUUGAAUGAGAAUAUGCAACGUCGGAUGAUAUCCUCUAUUAUGUCUUUCUUACCAAUCUGCUUCUUCUAAUUUUGCAAGCUCUAUGCAUAUUUCUUUAUUUUUUGCGGCUUUAUACAAUAUUUGAUAUUUAUCUUGUAAUUUUGUUUCUAAAUUUGCUGCCUUUAUCCAUAUUACACAUUGACUAUCUUAUCGCCAUGAAAAUAAAGAAAUUGAAUAAAGUAUUACUUUAUAAAACUUUAACGAGAUUCUUUAACUUAAAAAGUGGAAAAAA